UGAUGCACGUGCAAGUGUGCAAGGUCCGCAAGCCACGUCCGAGUCCACGUGGCACGAUGUCGGUGCUACAAAUGAUUAGUCGACGUGACUCUGACAGACUGCAUUCCAGCGCUUCUGGAAAACCUCCGUCACAAUGUCAAACUCCUUCCUGCAAAGCGUCUCGACAUGGAGGAGGGAAUAAGGAAUGGGGAAGAAGUCAAGAAGGGGUUUCGCAUGGGCGAGCCACUUGUGAGAGAGGGCAGGAGCAACCAGCCUCUCACACUGUGUAAGGAUCAAGGGAAAGCUUCUUCCCAAAGGAUCGGCAACCAAGAUGGAACAACAGGUUACAGGAGCAAUUUUGCAGCAUCACCAGAGCCUGGUGACUUCCUCUUCACAGAUUUCCAGAUCGGCCUCGUUGGCUGUGAUGCAAGCAACAGAUAUGGCGGUGGAGAUGGAUGCUUGGUCAGGGUGAGAUUGCUCGAGUGGGGAGAGGACAGUGGCUUGGGCGACAGAUGUGUCCCUUCAACAGAGGUUGUCCAAGACUCGGUGAAUGCGCGGAAGCUGGAGAAGAGUAAAACGUUUGAUGUGCUGAUCGGAAGCGAUAUUCUGUACGAUCCAUCUCAUGUGCAGCCACUUGCGAUUACGAUUCAGCAAAGGAUGAGAAUGCCUGAUGGAGAGGCAUUGCUCGUGGGAGCGGUUCGUGAGCCAGCGCUUCUCGAUUCAUUUCUUUGUUAUCUGAAAUCCCAGGAAUUGGAGGUUCAGGUGACCCCUGUUUUGGACUCUGAGGGCAGGGGUUGCAACAUGUGUGAGGAGGAAGGGUGGAGUUGCGACGAUAGGCGGAUGGGUGGAUGGGUGGAUGAGCAGAUAGGUGGAUGGGUGGAUGGGUGGAUUAGCAGAUAGGCAGAUGGGUGGAUGAGCAGAUAGGCGGAUGGGUGGAUGGACGCAUUGACAAAUGUAUGGGUGGGCACAUCAGUAAAUUUAUGGGUGGAUG